AUGACCACCCCACCACCAACUCUCAAACGCGUAUGCAUCGUCGGCGCCGGUCCCUCCGGUCUCAUCGCCGCCAAAACCCUCACCCGCAACCACCCAGGCGUCUUCCACGUGACCAUCUUCGAAGCCCUCGACCGCAUCGGCGGGCUCUGGCCGCUCUCCAAGUCCGACGAUGGCCUCGUCAAUCCAGAUAUGUGUACGAACCAAAGCCGUCAUACCGUUACGUUCGCCGGCUUAGCAUGGCCGGAAAACACGCCGUUGUUCCCGAAAGCGUGGCAGGUUGGCGGGUAUCUUGAACGGUAUAGGGAGAUGUAUGGGGGUUAUGAGGUUAGAUUGGGGACGAGGGUUGUGAAAGCGGAAUUCAAGGAGGGGAAGUGGAGGGUGGAGACGAGUGGGAAGGAGGAGGGGAAGUGGGAGUUUGAGUAUUUGGUUGUUGCGACGGGGUUUUUUGGACGCCCGAGGGUUCCUAGGAUUGAUGGGUUUGAGGGGAAGGUGGUGCAUAGUUCGCAGGUUAGGGUUGUGAGGGAGUUGGUUGAUGGUGAGGGGACUGGAAAGAAGAUUGUAGUUGUGGGAGGUCAGAUGAGUGGUGUUGAGAUUGCGGCGAGUAUUGCGGGACAGAUAUCUUCGGAGGAGAAUUCGCCUGGGGAGGGGUUUUUGAAAGAUGCGGAAAAGUAUGUUGUUACGAAUGUGGUGCAGACUCCGGUUUGGAUUAUGCCAUUGUUUCUACCUAAGGAGCCGUGGGUUACUACGCCCAAUGGUGAAAAGAUACAAAACCCAGCAACUCCAUUUCUACCAUGUGAUCUUGUCACAUAUAAUCUAACGUUCAAACCACCCGGAAAAUUACAAAAUACAAGUGGCCAUAUAUCUGAGGAAGCUGCUGUAAAGACACAUGGUUUUCUUGAGGGUUAUAUCGGCACUGAUCAGACGGAGUUUGGUUCUAAUCUCUCUAUGACUGGCGAUGUACGUACCGCUGUACCAUAUCUUGCAGCUAGUGAUACCUACUCCGAAUUCGUUCGUUCAGGUAAGAUUCAAACCGUGCGAGGCAAGGUAUUGGAUGGCGCUGCUGGCAAAAAGGCGGUUACUGUUGUUGAUGAGAGUGAUGAAGCUGCUGGCCCAAAGUCUGUUGAAAUCGACGACGUGGCAGCGGUGGUCUUCGCUACUGGUUUUGAAGCUUCACCAUCGCUGGAUUUCCUACCAAAGGAACUCCUCGAAACGCUUCAAUUUGAUCCGAAAAACGCCGCUUUUCCUCUCGCUCUAGAUGUUCAUUCAACAGUUAACUGGAACAUACCUUCUCUCGGAUUCGUUGGUUUCUACCGAAGUCCCUACUGGGGAGUAAUGGAAAUGCAAGCGCGGUAUCUGGGUGCACUCUGGACCGGAGACCCAAAAGCACUACAAGCACUAUCCACAGACACCGGAGUAGAAUCCAUCCUCAAACUACGGAACGACCCUCGAAGAGCCAAUUUUCCAAUGGGAGACUACGCAUACCUAAUGGAAUCCUUCGCCGAGAUCCUCGACAUCAAAAGAUCAGGCGACAAACCAGGUGAACGAACCGGUGGUGUUUUCGGCCCACGCUACCUCCCCUCCACCACCCCCGAAUCCGAAAAACAGGAAGCCGACAAGACUCUCGCAAUGAUCACAAAAUCAAUGCAAGAUUGCGAAUCUGGAAAAUACGUAGCACGUGCCGCCUUUCGCGCUAUGCAAGGCGAUUGGAAACUCAACCGCACGAUCACAAGUCGCAUCGCCUCCUACCCCUCCGGCACACUCACCGGCCAAGCCUACUUCAACCCACGAGCGCCGACAGAUGCAUUAGCAGAUCUCGAAUACUUGUACUUAGAAAACGGCGAAUUCAGCGCCGAUAACGGAUUCAAUUUCACAGCUAAGCGCACCUACGUGCAUCGCUACACCGAGACCACCGACACCCUUUCCGUCUGGUUCACCAAACCCGACCAAAAAACCGUUGACUAUUUCUUUCACUCCCUCCAAUUUAUCCCUCCCCCCGAAGCAAAAGAAAGGGGGAAAGCGCCGUGGAAAGCAAAUUCGAGUCACCUGUGUAUCGAAGAUUUGUAUGAUGUGGAAUAUGAGUUUUGGUUCUGUGGUGCGACGCUGGUGAUGUGGAGUAUGGAGUAUACGGUCAGGGGACCGGCGAAGGAUUAUACUAUUAGGAGUGUGUAUAGACGUUGA